AUGGAGAUGGGAUAUAAUUCAAGUUAUGGCACAAUCAAAAAUACAACUGAUAGAGAGGAUGCUGUUGAUCCAAUUAGUAAAUUAGUUUAAAAUAAUAAUCAAGCUCAAAUCAGAAUCUACUCUUUAGGAAUAGGUAAAGGAUGUAGUUAAAACUUGAUCAAAAGAGUGGCUGAAGUAGGAAAUGGCAAAUGCUAUAUUGUUUGUAAUAAAGAGGAUAUACAUGAGAAAGUUAUUGAUCUAUUAGAAGAUUCAUUAACACCAUAUUUGCAAGCUUUUAAAUUAGAAUCUAAUCUAUUUAAUGUAGCCUCUAUUGUUCCCUUCCAGAAUCAAUUGUUUGUUUAAAGAAAAAUGAAGAACUUACAAUCUAAAUCUUUUUCCUAUAGAGUAAGAAUAAGAAAAUCUAGAGUUUAAGAUCAUUUGUUUUGA